AUGGCGGACCCGAUCUCCCUGGUGGGCACCGCCGUCGGCGUCGCUUCUCUUGCGAUUCAGCUCUUUUCGGGGUUUACUUCGUACAUCGACAAGCUCAAAUGCCGCAAGGAAGACCUCGACGCCGUCAAUAGGAAGCUUUCGGACUUUCGGGCAUCAAUCGACGCAAUCAAGUCUACUGAAAAACGCCGGCGAGACAAUCAUUCAACACCUCAACCCGCGCUCGAUCAGUGUCUCCAAACAUGCGAAGCAGAGCUUCUAGCUCUCAAAGCCUUUUGGGAGAAAUGCAGCGACGAAGGCGCAAACGCGCCAAACCUGCGACAUAGGGUCAAGACAAAGGCUAAAGAGCUGAGCUUUCCGUUUCAUCGCGAGGAUUUGGCCCGGUUAGAAGCGCGGCUCGACCAAGCGACGAAUACCAUGACACUUGCAUUGCAAGCAGUCCACAUCGACGAGGCCGUGACCACCUCUGAGAGCCUCAAGGUGGUACUCAAGAAUACCAACACCACAUCCGGAGACAUGCGCAUGAUUCGCCAGCACAACCACGACAUUCUUCAGGGGAUUGGCCAAUUGACCAUCUCAUUCGAUAAAGCUUCUUCAAAAGAUGAAGAAGCCGCCAAGUGCAUGGAGGAGCGUAUUGCGGCCAUGCAGCAGUUGAUGGAGGCUGGGAAUGCCAAUAUACAAUGGAUGAUGGAGCGGAUGCGAAGAGUAGACGACAAUCAGAUGGUGUCAUCCGACUCGACGGUAGGCCUCAUGGAUUCCAUUCAUCCUUGUUCAUUCACUGACACAUAUACCAAGUCAUCUGGCGCAGUCGGGCACAAUCCAGCACCGGCACAAGUUCUUACUGUUGGUUCGCUGCGUCAAGGUCAACGUGGACAGCCAUCUCCACUAUCGCCUCCGUUACAUCGGAAUCUAUUUUGCACAUGUGCACAAAUACGAAGGCGGCAGCUUCGAUGGAAUCCCCUUUCAACUUGGUCGUUUGGGGUCAAGUACACAAGUACCCACCACCACCCGUCCUGCCCAAUGGCCCAGGUUGCUGUCUGGAGACCAGCGGAUCGACAUCAAGUUGAAGUCAAAAUUGCAGCUAGAUUGCGCUCAUGGAUGCUGGAUUUCGCGCUUGCAGGCGUCCUUGGGAACACCUACUUGAGCAUAUAUCCGUCCCUAAACUGUACGAGGACUGUGGGCAUUGAUUCACCAAGUUACAAGAUAUUGGCUAUCAUCGAACAUUCGAUAUACUCCUUUCCUGACGAUCUAUCACACGUACUUACGAGAAUAAUUGACCAUGCCCUUCAGAAGCUAAAGAAACUCUACGAAGAGAGAAGGGCCUCUCCGCUGGACAUGGACGUGAAUGGAGUGACAUUUGUCGAACUUUUCGCAUCUGUACUUGGAUUGGUCGCAGCGUCAGAUCACUAUGUCUCACUGUUCCUUGACUUCCUUACUUGCCUGAAGUCAUGGGGGGUGGAGCUGAGGCAAGAAUUCGGAUCAUCAAAUCAACUCAUCCUUUGUUUGCUGAGACUUGAGAAGAAUAACGUGACUUCAAAAGCUGGUGUCACCAGCCGUCAAUGGAUCAAGCGAUUAUCAGACAUUGGGUUGGAUUUAGAUGCAACUUUCGAGUCCGCCUGGACUAGAGCAAAUUGGGACGCGACAGCGGCAUAUCCAGUACAACUGUGGCAUGCAAGUAACCCAACAGAAUAUGCCUCUUCUGCAACACAGGUAGCCAUAAUGAACCAGGAUUAUGAUCUACUUCAAGUCACUCUUCUGGAAAAUCCAAAGGAUCUCGAGAAACAUUUCACACUUGGAGAUGUCGGAACUUUAGCCAUGGCAAUUUUCUGGCCAAAAGGAUUGCAGCUGCUGGUAAGGACAAUUCUGGAAAACGACAUGUUGGAUACCCAGCUAUUUGAGCUUGGCCAAGCAUACCGUAUGACCAGUAUUCAACAUCUCCCAUCGGAACAAAUCGCCUCGUAUGCUUGGUCCGCCGGAUACAUCUUGGAUACAGAAGCAAAUGCGAUUUCCUCAAUGCUUAAAAAUUGCAACAUAUACGUGCCUGGCAUACUUCGCGUUUCUUCGGAUUGGAAGUCAGUGUUCCGUACUAUGAUGAACGGGAUUGUUACUGUCAAGUUACUGGACUUGAUAUGGGAGGCUGGCUUCCAGCAUCCUGACACGUAUGAUAUGUUCAAGUCACCCGACCUGUCCAACAAGGACCUCUUCAUAUAUGAUUGGUACAUUCAACAUGGUAUCAAUCCUCGGCAGACUCAUUGGAUCCAUAAAGGAAAUUUCUCGGUAUCUCACCUGUGUGCUGCUGUAGUUGGUGAGAAGUUGUCGUGGAAUUACAAGAGGAGUUUAUCAGAUGCUGAAAGCUUUGCCAAUAUUGUUGGCCAAAACCAGCAUCAUGAUACUUGCAGAUGCCAUUGUUCCCCUUCUGGUUGUUCGCCGUUCAAAGUGUACCUGCACGCAUAUAUUUCAACCUCUUUUACUGAGCGUCGCAGAUCAGCAAAGCGACAAGCUGAGCGUUGGCAGAUGUCGACUGCCCUCUCAAACAAGUCCUCCGACUUUCUGGAAUGCCAACUGCAGGCCAUUCGCCUGGCAACAUUUGACGAACUGGGCCUGGCACACACCUGUUGCACCCGGCUUUGGGACAAAGAGGGAGAGUUGUUCGCUCCAGAAGAAGAAGAGAUGAUGGAGUUACAGAAGGAAGAUCAGGCAUUGCUUCAAGUGCUUGAGGAUUUGAUGGAUGAAUUCAUCAUAGAAUUUCCUCGAUCAGGUUGUGGCUUGCGUGAGUUCUUUGAAGGAUACUGGAUUCAAAGAAUACGGGAGAAUCUGGAACAGUUGAAUGCAGACACCCUCACAGAACAGCAUUUGAAGGAAGCUGAGGACAUGGGUGUCAUCUGGGACUCUGGUUCCGUGGCUGGUGGGAACAGUGACAUGGAAUAUUACUCAAGUGACGAUGAUUGGACACCAGAGCGGCGACCGCCAGAGGAGCAGACCUUUGAGUACUGGGAAAGGAUGAUAGAUGAUAUUUAG